AUGCGCGCCGCACCGGGUGGACCACCCCCGCUCGCAUCACGGCCGCCGCGUGCGCCACAGCCCCAACCUCAACCACCUCAACAACAACAACAACAGCCACGACAGCGACGCCAGCAACAUGAGUCACCAGUGCCAUCAACAGUGGAUACCGGUGCGUCCUCGUACGCCUACGACGAGGAGUACAGCUCCGAGUACACCACCGGUACGUCAUCGUACACCUCCGAUGAGGAAUGCUCAGAGACGCUGUACACUCCCAGUCAUGAGCCCGUCUUUCUGCGCAUGCCACUUGGUCCGGCGGAAAGCAGUAACUGCUUUUCGACAAGUGGGCCGUGGGACCGCAACGGCUUUUCUCUGGCGAGUACUGCUCUUGUCGAGCACCUGAACGUGUCACCCGCGGAGUUCGGCUGGGAUGCCAGCGUACAUAAUAGUAGCAACGACACCACCAACACCGCCACCACAUGCCAUGCAUCGGCCCACAACAGCAGCACGAACAACGCCAACGGCUCCCCAGCGGUGCCGCGGAAUGUGCUCAGAUUGAUUCCUCAAAGAGGCAUGUUGAGACCGGAGCAGCAGCAGCAAAAGCAACAUCAACAUCAACAGCAACAACAUCAGCAUCAGCAGCAGCAAAAGCAACAUCAACAGCAACAACAUCAGCAUCAGCAUCAGCAGAAGCAACAGCAACAGCAACAGCAACAGCAACAGCAACAGCAACAGCAACAGCAACAGCAACAGCAACAGCAACAGCAACAGCAACAGCAACAGCAACAGCAACAGCAACAGCAACAGCAACAGCAGCAGCAGCAGAAGCAACAGCAACCGCAGCAAAAGCAACAACAACAGCACUUGAAUAUGGUAGUGAAAGAGAAUAUUAUACAUCUAGAUGGCCCCAACGGCGCGAUGUCGCCAAGGGGCUACAAUACAAAGCAGUCUGUAGAUCCGGAUAAAGUGCCGACACCGCCAGACAAUGCGCGAAAGUUGCCGCAGGUGUGUGCCGACAAUUUGCCCACAACGGGCCAGCCCCCAAAGAGGCAGCAGGCCCAGCCGACGCCGCCCGACAAGACGGCCGCAGCGACAGAUGAAGCACAUAGGGGGGAUCUGAAUAAGGAAGGCAAUCCGCUCAAUAAUCCUCAUCGACCAACCGUGCCAGGGGUGCGUCCAGCCUGCAAUAUAUCUGAGGCUGCUUCUCCGAAAAUGGGAGAGAUCAUAGGCAGUAAUAUACGAGGACCAGGCAACGGCGAAGGCAGGGGCACGAUCCACGCGCAGCAACAACAAAAACAGCCGCAACAACAACAACAACAACAACAGCAGCCGCAGAAGCCACGGGCAUGUAACAUCCAAGUCAUACAAGUCUUUUCGCCCGCCAACNCAGCAGCCGCAGAAGCCACGGGCAUGUAA